AUGAAUGAGGUUACAUAUGAGAGUAAUCGGGCGCGUCCACACGUUAAAGAAAACUCUUCAUUGCGUCCAACGGAGUGGAACGGGAAAGUCGCGAUGGUAUUGUUGCGCCUGCCAGCCGCCACAAGACGAGAUGUUUCGUGUGUGCGCAGUGCAAUGCCGCAUGCCGCGCCUUCCGCCGCCGUGCCAGCAGUCGCUUUAUUAGAAACCCUCCCUAAAUUCCUAAACGAAAUUGGAAGAGAUCAGCGUAUGCGCCGAUGCGUGCGCGCGUCGCUGGAUGCUCUGGAGCAUCGCACGUGCACCCGUCAUGCACUGGAGACUCUAAGAUAUUCACUCAGUUUGUCCUUAGACUUCGUGGCGCAUGCACGCACGCCUCCAACAAUUCAUUCCGAGUUCGUGACUAUGAAAAAUCAUGCUGGUGAUAAUAUACAUGUACCAGGUUUAGCAUCAAGUGAGGCAGCCGAGCAAGCUGAUGUGUCAGCAGCGAGUAUUAAUGAGCUGAGGCCGCGCCCGAUGGCAGCGGUAGAGGCGCGCGCUCUCCUCCUGACUGCGGUGUUGGCAGCUCUGGUAGCGCCCAGCGCCCGCGCCGCGCGCUUCGGUGACCGCCUCGCCCCGAGAGUCCCCGCCGCCUACGCACCGCGCAACGCCCCCGCUGCGCAUCAAUAUGCCGAAGCAGACUACGAUGAGUCGUACGAGCAAGAGUACGAUGAACAAAACCCCUCCGUCGAAGAGGAUGAUCCGUCACCCAAGACGGAGCCGCCCCCGCGCCGUCCUGCGCGCACCGAAGCUCACCGCCUCGAGAUGAGCACCGAAUACUUUGUGAUACCAGACCGCACUUCGUCAUCAACACCUCCGCCUACGUCCUCGAAACCAUUAACGUCAUCGUUGCCAACUGAAAAAUUAAAUACCACCUCGAUAGUAGCGACUCAGCCGGCUACGGGAUCUUUACGGCACGAAUCAUGGGCCGUACCAAUCCUCGCUCUCGCCUGCGUCACGAUGGUGACCCUCGGAGGUUUCGAAGCUUUCGUCAUAUGGGGCGCAAGACGAAAAGCCCCUAGCCAUCGCCACCUCCUGCUCGGCCAGUGUUUACUGUUCGGCUUGUUCACUUGCGCCGCCACGGCCGCACUCUACGCGACCACACCGACAGUGUUCACUUGCGGAGCAGUGCGUUUCGGGACCGGAGUCGCAUACGUCAUCGUGUUCGCGUCUCUGCUCGUAAAAUGUGUUUUUCUGUUGAGCCUGAACGGCGGAGUGUACCUGCCGGCGGCAUACCAGGGGUUGCUCCUAUUUUUCGCAGUGAUGAUUCAGGUGGCAAUAGGCGCCCAGUGGCUCGGCGGGUCACCGCCUCGAGUGGUCAGAGACGGCGCUCGAUGCGACUCACAACUGUCGGACAUGUUGCUGUCGCUGUGUUACGCGGCGUUCCUGAUCGCGGUGGUGUGCGGUGUGGCACUGCGAUCGCGCGGCAUCCGCGACAACUACCGCGAGGCGACGCACAUAGCGGGCGCGGGCGGCGCGGCGGCCGCCGUGUGGGUGUGCUGGGUGGCGGCGGCGUUGGGUGCGCCCGAGCGGCACCGCGACGCGUGCGUGGCGGCCGGCCUGCUGGCCACAUGUGCCGUGGUGUUCGCGCUCAUGUUCGCGCCCAAGGGGCGGCGACUGGCAGCGCUGGGCCGCGAGGGCCGCUGGGACGCGGACCGCGACGAGGGUCUGAGCUCGCUAGGCGCCGGGGGCUCCGGAUACUCGCCCUCCUUCUUCCACUUCAAACCCGUCAAGUAUGGCAUGGUGACCGCCGCGGCGCCCGCGCCCGCCCCGCCGCCCGCGCUCGACCGCAAGGACGCGCCCGCUCAGCCAGCCGGCGUGAUGGUGCGGCCGGAGGAGGGCAACGUGUACACGAGUGUGGAGCCCACCUUCAGCAGCAACCCCAACGUGUACUUCCACCGCACGGAUCCGUUGCACGCCGGCAUGAUGUACUGA